CAAAGCACGAUCGGCCCCAACGAUGGGGGUUCCGGCCCCAGGAAAGGGGAGCUGGUGGGGCGGGGGGGCCUUUCCUAACCAUGCUGUUUAGACUCUGUCCACCCGGUCACCGAAAAGUCCCAGCCCCUUUGGAAACAAAUAGUUUCCCCGGUUCUGGGAGUGACUGGCCCUUUUGGGGGGUAGCGUAGUGUUAGGGUUGAACAGGAAUUAAUCUGGAGUCCUCCUUUUCUUUAGCUAAUAAAGAAACCCUGCCUUUAUUCCCUCCAGGCUCCUAUGCUGCUCCAGUCACCAUAGUAGUUUUAAUAAAUUGUUGUUUGCAUUACCAGCAGAACUUUUCUUACAAGUACCCUAGAAAAUAAUAGGUGGUAUGGUGAUUUGAACCCAUGAGUCUCAAAGGGUUUUAGAUUAUUUUGGUUUAGCUCUAAAUUGGUGAGGAACAGUAAAAUGAAGUAAGCUGCUCUUAAACCAAAAUAAGAGGGGUUUGCACCAGUUCAACAAGUUAUGCAAGCUUGUGUGCAGGGGAGGCCUAAGGCUCUGAGGCAGGUUUCUUACCUCUAAGGCUUUUCCAGCCAUGCAUCUUGCUACUCACGUAACUUUCCUGUAUUCCUGGCAAAAGACUCAGGUGUAUUCACAUUCCUGAUCUGUGUUUUGAUUCAAACACCUGAACGUACCACCCUGGGAGCCAAAACUGUACAGUAAAGGAAGAUGACUCUUUGAGGGACUGACUCUAUGGAGAGGAGUCCAUAACUGGUACAUGGGAGGAGAAUGAACCCUCCAAAUGGAUUUUCCCCACAUGCAGUGGCAUGUAUUACUUCAAGCACAGAGGGCAGAGUACUACAGGACCAGCAAGUGAAGAAGGCUGGUGGAGCUAUGAGGAAGGAGGCUGGUGACAGCAGGGUGCUUGCACUUGAGGACCAUCCAGACAUAGAAUCCUUUUUAAAUGACACCUUAAGGUUUCCCCCUGAUGAAAUCAAACCCAAUAUGAAGAUUAAAUCUGUCACCCCAAAGCCUCCCAGGAAACCCAGGCUGGCACGAGCAUCAUCUCUUGAUGAGAAAAGCUGGAGGAGGAGGAGAGUGUUUAGAACGAGUCAGGAAAAUCUGAUCGAUCCCAGUGAGACAAGCUCCUCCAAUGGCUCUCUCCAGGAGUCGUCCCUGAGACCUCCCACCAGGAGCAGAGUGGUACUCAAUGGUGAUCAGGGUUCUUUGCACAACUUGCAGGAUGCCUCGGAACCGAGCCCUUAUAGGAAGAACAAGGGUAGCAUUUCUGAUUCCGAGAAACAGGUCUCUGAGGUUCCCAGUGUCUCUGUGGGGCUUAUGCAGGGGAAAGAAUCUUCAGGCAGCAAACCCCGGCUGUCCAAAAUAACACCGCCUCGACCGCUGCCCCCCCUGGAACUCAGCGUGGCCUCUCAUGUGCUGAGGACAGCUAAUAGGAUCGACUCCGAUUAUAUGGAUUACCAACAUUAUUCUCAGAGCAGGUUUGAAAGGUUGAGCAGCAGCCUGAGUGACACGGGUCUUCACAACAGUGGGAUGGUCUGCGAUAGCUGUUCCACAGACUCCAUGAAGUCUACGUUCAGCCUGCUCACCCCUCUUCGUGCCAAGGAUGUUCGAAACAGAAGCUAUUUGGAAGGCAGCCUUCUAGCUAGUGGUGCAUUGCUGGGAGCAGAAGAACUGAGCAGAUAUUUCCCGGAUCGGAACAUUGGAAUAUUUGUGGCCACCUGGAACAUGCAAGGCCGGAAGGAACUUCCAGAGAAUCUGGAUGACUUCUUGUUCCCAUCGGAUCCUGACUAUGCCCAGGACAUGUAUGUUAUUGGCAUUCAAGAAGGCUGUCCAGACAGAAGAGAGUGGGAGAUCCGUCUGCAGGAGACGCUGGGGCCCCAUUACGUCAUGCUGUACUCAUCUGCACACGGAGUUCUCUACAUGUCAGUGUUCAUAAGAAGAGACCUCAUCUGGUUCUGCUCAGAGGUGGAAUACGCCACUGUGACCACUCGCAUUGUGUCUCAGAUCAAAACCAAGGGAGCCCUGGGAAUCUGCUUCACGUUCUUUGGGACUUCCUUCCUCUUCAUCACUUCCCAUUUCACAUCCGAUGUCACAACUCGGUUCGACGAGGUGUUCUGGUUUGGAGACUUCAAUUUCCGACUCAACAAGGAUCGUGAGAGCGUGGAUUCAAUCCUGAACCAGCAUCUAGAAAAAGAUAUGUCCACGCUACUGCAGUAUGACCAGCUCAUUAAAGAAAUGAAUGAUGGGGCUAUUUUCAAAGGGUUCCAGGAGGCUGCCAUUCAUUUCCGUCCUUCCUAUAAGUUCGAUCUAGGGCAGGAGAGCUACGACACCACUUCCAAGCAGAGGACGCCUUCGUACACGGAUCGAGUGAUCUACAGGAGCCGUCACAAGGAUGACAUCCAUGCAGUGAAGUACGCCUCCUGUUCCGUGGUCAAAACAUCAGACCACAGGCCAGUGUACGGGCUGUUCCGGGUGAAAGUGAGACCCGGCAGAGACAACAUCCCGCUCGCUGCAGGGCAGUUUGACAGAGAACUUUAUUUAAUCGGAAUAAAGAGACGAAUUACAAGGGAACUUCAGAAGCGGCAGGAGAUAAAGGACCAAAAAUCCAGCAGAGUCUGUACUGUUUCCUGACCUUAAAGCCCAGCAACAAGCUUGUAAAUGGUGCCCUAAAGGAGGAUUUCAGACCCAGGCAAAGAUGACUUGAUUCCAUGUCUGCAGAGGUACAGCUCAAGAGGAAGGGGUCUUGGUCUGAGCACCAGCAUGACAGUUGAUGUGGCCUGUACCAAAUGUCUUAAACUUCAGCUCUCAAGUUUCAUUUGCAUGAGCUAAUCCAAGGAACUUGAGUGCUUUUGCUGAAGAGGAAGGGAGUAAAUAUUCAGAACAGAUGCCCCUGCUUAUUCAAUCAGGUCACUUUUAGCAAAACUUCCUUUGCAAGCCACAGGAUGCAGUUAGGUGGUGAUGUUGGCCAUACCCAAGACAAGAUGCCCCAUUGGGUGCAUUUGUAUUAUGAGUGGUUACUCAAGGACAUUUUUCAAAAAGGAGACAGUUGUGGUUCCAUCUGUUCUAUUCAGUCUGUUCUGGAUACUUGCUUUGUAAGUAUCCAUCUCAGGAGGGCAUUGAUGUCAGCUGUUUAUUUCUUUACGUGUAGCCAAAUGUACAGUAUUCUGUAAAAUACCUAAGGGGACCAACGAGAGAACCUGAGCAGUCUCUCUCCCAGCUUGAUGCUUGCUCAUAAUAGUUUUGUUGUUGUGGGCCACUACAGCAAGAUCGGUAUGGAUGUACAGUAAUCAAAGUGCAUUUGAUAUGGCCUUUUAAUUAGUAUUUAUUUUUACUACUUCUGUUGUUGCUAAGGGUGCAUAUUAAUUUCUCAAACCAGCACAUGUCCUUGGAUAAAGUCAGACUUUCUGAACCAAUGUUCAUAUCGUAAUUUAUGGAUCCUCUGCAGUAGAGAUCCAGUUUCUACUUCAGUGAGAAAUUGGCCACAAGCUUGCAGCAGCAAGAGACACUGCAGCUGAAAUCAGUGGUGUUAAUGUGUAAAAAUCUAGAAAAAAGUGAUUUACUGUAGAAGUAAAGACAGCACUAAAGAAAGCUACUUUGGGGUGGGAGAAAAAUCUGUUUUGACCUUUGGGAGCUAUUCAGAGCAAGAACCAGGAAUCAGAAGAACUCAGUUCUGUUCUUUCUCUGAUUCUCAGUUUGGAGAAGUUCUGUCUCCCCUGUGGUUGUUUCCCAGUCAGCAAAAUGUGGAGAAUCUCUCUCUCUCUCUCUCUAAUGGGGCUUUUUCUGGAGAUAAAGUAUUACACUGGUAAAAUGUAUGUGACAGUUAAUACUAUAAAACUUCUCAUGGGCAUACCUUGCUUGAAUCAUUAGCUAAAUUUAACACUUUUUAAACCACAUUACUACUGAAAAUACAAAGCAAAUGGUUUGGAGGAAGCUCCAUUGUAAUUAGGUAUUUGGCAAUCACCUACUUCCACAAAAAACCUUUGGAUGAAAAGAUGUAUUUUAGAACAUGAACAAUAUUGUGAUCAUUCUCAACUCUGAGAAGAAAACCUAUGAGAAGUGCUACUGUUCAUUGGUAAUAAAUUAAUCAUCUUUUCAUGUUUUAAACAAAAAUCCUGCUCUCAGUAAUCAUGUAUCAAUCCCUCCUUGAGCAAAACUUGCAUUGUGGUAUCUGAGGGUAGAAUUGUUAUAUGUGUAGGAGAGACAAUAAGAAUUGGCUGCUUUACGGAAGGAAUAUAAGGCUCAAUCUUGCAAGGUGCUGAGCACACCAGCCUUGAUCCAGCAAGACUGAAGUCUGUGGGACUACUCACAUGCUUAAAGUUGAACAUCUGCUUAAGUGCUUUGCUCGACUGACCUGAGCACCUUAUAGGCCUGACUCCUUAAUGUGUCUCCCCAUCCCCUUAAACCAAAAUCUGAUUCCUUUUUUAAAGUGAUAUUUUCAUACCGUAAACAUAUAAAGAAAAAUCCAACUUUA